AUGAUAUCAAGGGGAUGGUUUGCCAGGUGGAAGUACCUAUUCAUCUUAUGCUGCAUUUGUUACAUUCUAGUCUUCUAUGUGCCAUCUGAAAAUGUGUCGAGAGAUAGUGGCACUCAAUACAUUGCACCUCGAUUCAAAUUCGGAAUCAAAAACGGAAUAGCCGCUGAUGAUCAUCAAAAUGAAAGCGAUGAUGGUCCGAAAGAGACAUUCAUGUUCCGACCUGCUAGCGGUGAAGCAUUUGAAGUUGAAGAAGUUCUCACUACAAGUAAUAUAAAGCUGGCUCAACGAAUGAAGUGUAAUCCAAAAAAAGGUAAGCGAGUGAUAUUGUCAUGGAAUGUUGGCCACUCGCCAGCGAAUCUUGGUGGAUGUCCGGAAUGGAAUUGCGAAUUUACCACCGACAAAAAUCGAGUCAAAGAAGCUGACGCGGUUCUUGUUGGCGGCCAGCCAUAUGAAGUUAAUUUCAAGCCAAACGCCUACUCAGUGUAUUUCAGUCAGGAAUCGCCGAAGAACAGCGGCUCGCGAAUGCGCUACCAGUUCAACAUGACACUUGGUUUUCGGCACGACACGCCCGCCUCGUCGCCAUACGGCUACACGGUGAAGUUGGCGAAGAGCUCGUGGAAGACCGGCGAGUUGGUCGACAUGAACUUGAUCAGAAGCAAGAAGAAGCCGGCGGCGUGGUUUGUCAGCCAUUGCGCGACGAACAGCGGCCGAGAAGAAUUCAUUCAAAGGCUUCAGAAGCAUGUCAGCGUUGAUAUUUAUGGCGGUUGCGGCAAACUGAAGUGUCCGAAGAGCGGCAAUUGCGAGAAUGCGCUCGACACCGACUACUUCUUCUAUGUCGCCUUCGAGAACUCGCUUUGCAAAGACUACAACACGGAGAAAUUGUGGAAUCAGGGAUAUCAGAGGACAAUCAUUCCACUUGUCAUGAAGAGGUCUAUUGUUGAACCGUUUGUGCCUCCGAAUUCAUUCAUCGCUAUUGAUGAUUUCAAAUCGGUUAAGGAAAUGGGAGAUUAUUUGAAUUAUCUUAUGAACAAUCAAACCGCCUACUUAGAAUAUUUCAAUUGGCGGCGAAAAUACAAAGUGAUAUUCCUGAAUGGCGUCAAUCAUGAUGUUCUCGAACGACCGUGGGGAUUCUGUCAGCUUUGCCGGAUAUUAUGGAAUGAGCCGCGCGAGCACCACGUCAUCGACAAUUGGGCGGCGUAUUGGGAUGAAACGUGCGAGCGCGACAAACAGUUGGUCAAUUCGAUCAGCGAUUAG